AUGGAACAGAAUGAACCCCCUGCUCUGUCUGAAGAUCUCAACGUUGAAAACCUCAUUCAAGAAAUUGAACAUACGACAGCGUUAGCUGGGAAAUCACGACGCGAUGGAAAUCUCUCAAGCGAUCAUACAGAAAGACUCUACGACAAAAUAGCUGUAUCUUUCAAUGAUUUGACUGAACUUAUCGAUGUUAAAAACUAUACGAACGCAUUCUUCAGCCAACAAGGCAUAGAUAGAGUUGUCAUUCCCAACAUAAGAACGAAUUAUCCAUCAUUACGAUUACAACUGCUCUCUCUACUCAAAACCCUGUUUAAAAAAGCCCCUUCGACUGCCAACGCAUUCAUACCGACGAAUAUAAUAGAUAUGCUUUUAGAUGUAUUCGAAAAUGACGAUAAUCUGGCUUUUAAAGCUCAUGCAUUAGAUGUUAUGUACCAGUGGCUGCCUAAUAAUCCCAAACUACAAGCUAGGGUGAUGAAAUUAAAGGGACUGGAGCCGUUCUAUGAACAAAUAUCUAAAUUGGACUCGAACGUUGUUCGGAAGCUUCUAGAUCUGUUUAAUAUUAUAUUGGAAGAACAUUUGCAUGCCCGAAAUGGGAAGCAAAAGAGUAAACACGAUUAUGAGAUGUUUAAAUUCUAUCAAAUGAUAGGUUUAGUAGAAAGAAUGUCUACGCCCACAGUUUGUUAUGGCCUUCUGAAUAUAUUUAAGGACACAAUUGCUUUUAGUGGAAACAGCAGGGAGAUAUUUGGUCCAGUUGCAAAACUUUUGAUGAACAUUCAGCCGUUUUGCUUGAAUUUAUACAAGGGUAAGAAUACAGCAAUUGACAUAUUUAAAAAUCUGCACGACUUUUUCAAGGAAUCCGUCGAGAAGGAAUUGUUUAAAGAUACGCAAUUAAAUGUCACCGAUAUAGAUUUUAUUUUAACUGAAUAUAAAGAUAAAGUGAAGGAACAUUAUAAGGAUGAGUUUUAA